AUGGACCAAAAUGAUAUAUUAGAUACAUCUCAGUUCUCCUAUGAAGGAAAUUUUGAGGAACAAAUACAAGAGAUUUUCCAGGAAGUGAGGCUCACGAGGCAAGAAGUUGAAGAUUUGCAAAUGUUAUUGGAUGAUCUGAACCAGAGCUUCAGUGCAGUAUGGCCAGGUAGUAUUGUAAUGCCAUUUGGUUCUAUAAUCACAGGGCUCGGGAUAAAGUCAAGUGAUGUUGACUGCUACGUAGAAGUACCAAGCUGGGUACUGAACACUGAAAGAUCUGUUGUAUUAAAAGCUAAAUAUAUUUUAAUGAAACGCAGGGAUAUUUUUGAUCAGCUAUUUGCAAUAAUAAAUGCAAAAGUGCCCAUUGUUAAGUUUUUUCAUGUACCAACAGAAAGGAAUUGUGACAUCAGUUUCACCAGCUUCAUGGGUGUUCAAAAUAGUAAAUUGAUAGCUUAUUUAUUGCAUUUAGACGAGCGAUUUCUAAAGUUAACUAUUCUUAUUAAGUACUGGUCAAAAGUACACAAAUUCACUGGCACAAAUCUCUUGGCUAACUAUUGUUUGACAAUGUUAGUUAUUUUCUUUUUGCAACAAAAGCAUAUCUUGCCUGCAAUAUCUGAGCUGCAGAAUGGACCAGGAUUAUACAUUAAUGGUUGGAAUGCGGCUUUUAGUGAGGUACCGUAUGAGAAUAACAAUAAUGAAACUCUAUACCAAUUGAUCGGGGGCUUCUUCAAAUAUUAUCAUAAAUUUAAAUUUAAUGACUUUAUCAUAUCACCAUUUGUCGGUCAGCCCAUAGCUAAAGAACUAUUUUCCCGAACGGAUACAGUUCCUAUGUUAUUUAAUAUUUACAAAUCAUGUGUUAGUAGUGACCAAUAUCAACCGCUCCGUCUAGACAGUUUCAUGUGUGUCCAAGACCCAAUAGAGCAUAAUAGAAACUGUGCGGUGGCAGUUCAUCCUAAAUUGGCACAAAAGAUAUUAUCACAUUUUGCUACAGCUGUUAAUAUAUAUGAGCAGAAUGAUGAAAAAAGCUUUCUUAAACAGUUGCUUUCUAACUCGGAAAGUACAGAAAUAAAGAAGAAGAAAGCAAAGAAACCAAAACAAAAACAACUAGUAAUAAAUAAUGGCAUCAGUAAACAUAAGAAUGGUACGAGGAACUUCUCAUUAAAUUUUAAGAAUAAACAAAGAUUUUACAAAAAUAAACCACAUAGGAGUUGGAAA